AUGGCCCACCAAUUAGCAAAGCUUGGCAACUUGAACCUCAUUAUUUCUACAGUGAUCAUCCUCUCCUUCAUCCCGCCCGCAACAGCCCUCCGACGCUCAAACAAACAAUUCCGAGAAUUCUUCCCAGCAUGGGAGCCUCUUCUCAAAGACCAGCUCAAAUACAACUGCUCCUCCGAAAUAGAAGCAUACCUCAACAUAUCAAGUCCCGCCCUUCGUCCAGGCUAUGGUGUCAUCGACUGCAUCCUCAACACCAUGCCAGAAUUCAGAAAAGCUGAACUCGCAUCGGCUGCCGUCAUUCUUGGUCUCGCGCCAUCAGUGCUUCAGUUACUCAGCGCCUCGUAUCUCGAUACAGCGAUAUUGGCGUAUCGAAGACCGGGAUUAGCGGUGGUGUUGGCGAUGUGUAGUUCUGGAGUCAGGCCGCUUACGGCGACGGAUUACGAUGACUUUAUCACCAAGAUGGACACCGAAUCUUCAACUUCUUUUGGUGUACCGCGCUUUGUUGGAGCGAAGGGGAUUGUGUCGUUGGCCGAGUACAUCAUCGCCGCUGCAUCAGUCGCAAACAAUGCAUAUCUCACAUACCAACUCUGCCUCCAAGCAGUAUGUACAUUCGCCCCAGCCGAAGACUUCCUCCCCGCUAUCUGGACCGCUUCAGCUCUAGCCAUUCAUUUCUUUGGAUACAUCGCCGCACGAUUAAAAAUAGCCGUCGAGACGAAAAGUGCAUGGGAAGAUCGAGGAAGACUUUGGUCCGAACUUACACCAACACCAUGGCAGCCAAAGCUUCGCGUCAAAGCUAACAGACGACACACGGGCUGGUUCCUCACUCUUGCUUCAGCUUUAUACGUAGGUGAUUGUCUUCAAGCACUCUUCGGAACGCUUAUCCUGUCGAGUUUGGUCUUUAUUAGUGUGAGAGACUCUGCGAUAAUUGUGAUUAGACUAAUGGGGAGUGCUCUUCUCGCAAGGCUGAUACUGAUUUAUGAAUUGGCGGGGCUGAAGACGGAUGGCGAUGGAUAUACUGCAUCUGAGAGCACCAUCUACUUGCAGUCUCUUCAGUAG